AUGAGAACAGUUCUUUUAGUGGUUUUACUCCUGAGUGUUGCCUCUGCUGGUGCAUCCAAGAAUAGGUUUGAUUACUCCAAGAAGAGAUCCAUUACAUCAGUGAUGGCUGAAGUGGAAGCUAAGAUUCAAACAAAGGCUCCAUUAGAUGCCAUCUUGAAUGUUUUGAGAGAUUUCAGGGAUUCAGUAAAUUUCGAAUAAGUGAAUCAUGACGAAAUAUACUAAAUUUAAGUGAGUGAAUGUGAAUCUGAAGAUGAAUUCAGAAGCAAGGAAGUCUAAGAUGCCAAGAACAUCCUUAGAGAUUCCACAGCUUAGUUGAAUGUUUGCUAAACAUCAAAAAUCAGAGCCACCAAUUAAUAAGAAGUCAACUAACAAUAAACAUUCACUGCAGAGAAACACUUGAAUAUGGUCAUGACUGCUGCUGAAUAAGAAGCAAGUUAUUUCAAGAAGAGAGGAAGAGAUUAUGAAGACGCUCUCCAUGCUAUCGAUGAAGCAUCAGACAUCUUGGCCGCCAUCUAUAGUGGAUCAGGAAGCUUUGCUGAAAUCAGCAGAGUCUCAAAGGUGAUGCUCUAAACAUCAUUCAGCAUCAAGGAAACUGCAAGAUUUGCCCCAAUCCUUUAUGCCUUCGCUUAAUUGGCAUCCUCUAAGGAUUUCGAUGAGACUUCCCUUGAAAGAGUUGCUCAAUUGUUGGAAACUUUGAAAUAAAAUAUUCAUGAAGCCUACAAUGAAUAUGCUGAUUCAAAUGCUUAAUCAAUUGCUGCCUUCAACGACCAAAAGGAAAGAAUCGGCCAAACUCUUGCCAGACUUAAUGCUUAAGCUGAAAGAUUACAAGACAAACUAGAUCAUUUGGCAUAAUGCAUUGGAACCAAUUCUGCUAUUGCUUAGACUGCCUCAGGAAAACUCUAAAGAAAUUAAUAACUUUGGGAUUAAGCAACUGCUUUAUGUGCAACCUUCUAAAAUGAAUAUAACUUUGCCACUCAAGCCAGAAGAAACGAACUUUAAUUAGUCAGUUAAUUAGAAGAGAUGGUUGAGGAUAGAUUCAAUCAAGUAGAAGAUGAGAAUCACGAAAGAAAAGCUAGAAUAAGUUAAAAUUGAUAUAUAAAUUUUAUCAAAUAUAAUCAUUACAAA